AUGAGUCUUACGAGCUUCAGCCACAACUACCAAGAUCCGUGGACCAUCUUCCUCGACGCCUUCCUCCACGACGCACUUGCGACGCAGUCGAACGCCGACCUGGCCGCGCUGGCCUUGACGUCCCGCGCGAUCGCUGCGCACCUUCGCGGGUCGCCGCGCUUCCGCCUCCUCCAGCUCUUGCGCCUGCGCAACCGCAUGGCGAUCGUCGACGACCGCAACUUGCGCUUCCUUGUGCACACCGAGGUCAAGACGGCGUGCGGCAUCACGGGCAAAGGCUUCGGCGUCUACUUCUUGACGAGCGACCCCCAGUGCAUCCGAACACCUGCGCCUCUGUACCUGCAGGAUCUCCACGCCGAGAUCUGGCGCCUCGCCCACCUCACGCACGCGACCGAGUACGAGUCGACGUGUGCGAUCGGCCGCAUUCACAACUGCGCGUGCGACGGCUACUACGAGCCGCGCCUCAAGGUGCGCUUGAGCGCCAUGACCAAGUGCAAGAUCGUCGAGAAGCAGAGCCCGCACGCGUACGUCGUCUGCGCGCAAGACGCGCCGCCGCGAUGGCUCCUCUCCAAAGACAUGGCAUGGGACGACAUGCUCUCGUGCCACGAGUUUGGCCGCCGCGUCGCAGCCGACAGCUGGUGGGACGACCGCCAUCCCGACGUGCGCCUCCUCGCGCCAAUCCUGCGCGACCGUUUCAUGACGUGGCGCGACGCCGGGUGCCCGGUCGUGUUUCAAACCAACGGGUGCACCUUCAACCUCGCGCCAUUUCACGCCGAGUACACGACCGAGAUUUUUCUCAGUCAGCACGAGAAGGGCAACGACGACGACGACAACGACACGGAGAGCGACACGUACUCGGACGACGACGACGACCCCAUGCUCUGA